UAAAUAAAUAUAAUCAUAAAUUUUAAGCCUAGGUUUCUAAAAGUAACAUAUAGAUCCAUCUUAAAUCAAUUCUACAUAGAAAAUUCGAUAAAAAAUUGAUUAUUAGCCAUAAUGAAUUUCUAGAUACUUCUAGAAAAUUGUUAUUAAUAUUAUGUAAUAAUAUGCAAUUAAUAUAAAAUUAUGCACGUGCAUUUACUAAAAUAUCUAAUUAUUAGGGGUAUAUAUAUUUGCAGUAUAUUUGCAUAAUAUCUUAAAUAUAAAAAUAUCUUUUUGUAUAAUGGCUUAAGCUAGAAAACUACACAGAAGAGUAGCAAUCUUUGAAGCUGAAGGAGGUUCAGAUAAGACUUGGAAUGGUCACAGAAAGGACACCAUGCCAAUUGUUGAAGCCUUUAAAGAAUUAGGAUGGGUAGCUGAACCCAUCUUCUUUAGAGACGAAUGGAAAGAAUAAAUCACAAAGUAUGUGAUCGAAAACUGUGAUGCUUACAUUCCAAGAAUCAAUACAGGAAAUCUUCCAAAUGGUGAAGCUGUCUUCAACUAAGCUUUAAGAGAGAUGUGUGCUGCUGGAGUAGUUGGUACACCUCACCCUGACACUCUUAUGAAAUAUGAUUCCAAAUUGAGUCUUGUAGACCUUAAUAAAACUCCACUUUCCCCAGCUGACACAGUGGCUUAUUUCAAAUGGGAUGAGCUUGUUAAAAAUUUCCCAACUUCUUUAACAAAUGGAGAAAGAGUCCUUAAACAAAAUAGAGGAUCAACAGGAGAAGGAAUAUGGAGAGUUUAAGUUGCUGAAGGAGUCUAAGUUGUUAAGGGAGAAGCCUUACCAUUAGAUACUAAGGUCAAAUGCACUGAAGCAGUAGACAACCAUGUUGAACAUCACACUCUUGAAAGUUUCUUUAAAUUAUGUGAAAAGUAUUACAAGGUUGAAGAAAAUUUCCUCAUUGACAUGAGAUUUUUACCAAGAAUCAAGGAAGGUGAAGUUAGAAUCUUCUUAAUGGGAACAAAGCCUUUGUUUGUCAUCCAUAAGAAACCAGCUGAUAAAUAAGAUGCAUUUUCAGCAACACUCUUUUCUGGAGCUACUUAUAAAUAUGAAUCCCCAGAAGCCUGGCCAGAACUCAUUAAAUUCUUUACAUCAUGUCUUUAACAUUUGACUGACAAUCUUGGAGAUGUAGAAACAGUCUUAGAUUGGACUUGUGACUUCAUCCUUGACACUGAUGAAAAUGGAAAAGACAAAUAUUGGAUUAGUGAAGUCAAUGUUUCAUGCAUUGGAUUUACAAAUUAAUUGGACAUUGGCAUCUAAUAAGAAAUGGCUCAAGAACUAAUUAGAAAGGUCUACAAAAAGAAGGGAACUUAAUGAGUUAUAAAUAAAUAUAAUCAUAAAUUUUAAGCCUAGGUUUCUAAAAGUAACAUAUAGAUCCAUCUUAAAUCAAUUCUACAUAGAAAAUUCGAUAAAAAAUUGAUUAUUAGCCAUAAUGAAUUUCUAGAUACUUCUAGAAAAUUGUUAUUAAUAUUAUGUAAUAAUAUGCAAUUAAUAUAAAAUUAUGCACGUGCAUUUA